AUUCGAAUCGAAAGUGCACGAACUGAACGUGAACGUUUUUAGACUAUUUAGUUUUCGCUUGGUUUUAUAGACCAUGCUUUAUAAUGCUUACAACGAACAUAUGUUAGAUAUAACCAUUUAUGACUUGAGAAGCUUACAACGAAGUUUUUAACACCAAGUUCCCUUUUUAGGAAUUGUGGAUAUUGAGCUUGAAGUCGCAGCUUUGUGAAGAAGCUAGGGAACAUACAAUAACGAUUGCACAAUGGUUGUCUGUAAAUUUUUCAUGCAGGGAUAUUGUAGAUACGGUGAUAACUGCAAAUUUGAACAUCCAAGAGGAGGGAAUGCCGGCUAUGCGUAUGCUGCACAGAGACAGUUGUUUGGGGGAGGGGGAGGAGGAGGGGGUGGGGGUUCGAGGUUUAGUGGGGGUGGGGGUGGAACCAAUCCAUUUAAAUGGACUGCCAACGACUAUCAGAAAACACAGAACAAGCCAGUGGUACAGCAGGUGUCCCCAAAUGACUUAAUAAACACAUUAAUAUCAGAAGUAAAGGAAUGGGAAAGAAAUAAAAUGUGGCCAUUUUCCUGCAUUGGGUUUGAAAAAGACAGUCCCUGUGUUCCUGACUUUCAGGACACUUCUCCAGAAGAGCUAAGACAUCUUGCCUAUGAGGCUCAAAAAUCCAACAGCUUUCAAGGAUAUGUAGAGUAUGUUCAGAAUUUGAUGGCAGAUUUCAGCAAAAAAAGACAGAUGCUUGCAAAUGCAAAUAUGCGAACUAAACAGAAAUUGUUAUCCUUAAUUGAUGAGUAUAGACUAAGAAAAAACAGGUCAGGAAACAGUGGAUCAUACAACACAGUGUCCCUGUUCAGCAGCUCAGCUAAUGAAAAUUCAUCAUCUAGAUUUGGAGCAUCAUUUGGAGGAGAUUCCUCCAGUUUUGGAUCAUCAGGGAGUUUUGGUUCAACUGGGACACAAGGAUUUGGAGCAUCCGGAUCUGCAGGAACUUUUGGAGCUGGUUCUUCAUCAACUGGAGGGUUUGGUGUUGGGACCACUUCUGGAUCAAUGGGAGCCUUUGGAGUUAGUGAUGGGUCAUCUGGAGUUUCAGGGUCACCUGGAGGCUUUGGAUCUCUUGGAGGUUUUAGAGCAAACACAGGGUCAUCUGGAGGUUUUGGAGCAAAUUCAAGUUCCUCUGGAGGCUUUGGAAGUAGUGGAAGCUUUGGUGUAAAUUCAGGUUCUUCUGGAGGCUUUGGAAAUAGUGGAGGUUUUGGAGCAAAUUCUGGAGGCUUUGGUGCAGGAACAAGUAGUGGUGGAUUUGGUGCUACCUUUGGUACUCAACCACCUGCUAAUGCAAAUCUCAAUAACAAUGCAUUUGGAAAUAGCAAUGCGACCACAACACCAAUAGCUAAUGCAAAUCCAUUUGGAAAUCCCACAGGAAGUGCAGGUGCUUCCUUUCAAAGUCCUCAGCAAACAGCUGCUGCUUCCAAAACAUACACCCCAAUGGACAAACUGACUGCUGAAGAAUUGGCGGAAUUCCAGGCAAAUCAAUUUACUCUUGGGAAGAUUCCAACAAAACCACCCCCUAAAGAACUUUGCUUUUGAUUGUGUGUUAAAAUUGUGGACAAGAAAAUAAGCAUAUCCUUUCUAUGAAAGUUAUUCCUUUAUAGCAAUAAAAUUUUGGUGCUCUGUUCAGUGAUUGCACAUUUUAUGAAAUUGAAACAAUGAAUUGUGUAAAUGCAGAUUUUUUUGCUGAUUUUUUCUUGUUAUAAUUUAAACAAUUUUAUUUAAAUGAAACAAAUAAAGAAUUGAUGAACAUA